UCAAAUGGCUCGGAUGUGAAAUUUGAAAUCUGGGGUGGAGAGCGCCAAGCGCGAGUUUGGUGCUCUGCGAAGUGUUUGACGUGGUUUUGUCAUCUUUUGCAUUUCGGAUUUUAAAAUUUAUCUUUGCUGCCUAAAAAAAAUGAAUAUGUCGAUGGAUCUGGAUGCAGUGAAGUAUACGGAUUUGCAGCGACUUGCAAAGGAUGUUGGGCUUAAGGCGAAUAUGAAGGCUGAUAAGCUGCUGAAAGCGCUGAAAGAGUUCUACCAACAACAGCAAGAAGAAAACAAGGGAGCAAACGCAGAUGAAGUCGACCCUGUUAAAGCUGAGCUUCGGGAGGUAAACGCCCGCUCACCGGUUGUUGCGAGCUCUGCGUUUAUCACCAAGCGUCGCGGUCGAGGCCAGAAGGCCAAGAGGAAGCAACCAGAAGAUGAGGAGGACGGUGCUGAAGCUGAAUUUAACACCGCUGAGGACAUCGCACAGUCUGAAGAAAAGAUUGAAGAGGGCAGCAAUAAGAAGAGAAGGCUGUCUGAAGGGCAGGGAUCUGAGUCAGGUACCCAGGAAGAGAAGCACACAAAGUCCACAGAAAAGACUGAAGUAAAAGCUGGAAAAGAAGCUGGUCGGAAGUCAGUGAAGCCCAGUAAAAUUCCGCGCCAUGAUGGCUUUAGAAAGACAGAAAGCCGACUGAAGCCUACAACACCAAAUUUCAAAAAACUCCAUGAAGCACACUUUAGCAAGAUGGAGUCCAUUGAUUCAUAUGUUCAGAGGAAAGCCAAACAGAUGGCGGUCUUCAGGAACUCUGUGAAGGAGUUAAAGUUGCUCUCAGAGAAAGCCAUUCCCAAAUCAUUGGAUAAAAAACCCAUGAAGCCAAACGUGAGUCGUGCCUCCCUGUUCAGCCCGGUGGCAAAUGGAAAAAGACAGAGUUCUGAGAAUCGCAAACUCACUCGAUCAUCCACCAGCAAACCUGUCCUGAAAGACACCAGUGCCUUCAAACCCACCGUGCUGUCCACAUGCAAGAUGAACGUCAGGUUUUCUCAGACCACUCAAGAUAAUGAGCAUAAACGCUCCCUGAUAAAGACGCCCGCACGUAUGUCUCCUCAUGUGGCAUUAACUUCUACUCCUGGGACUCGACCUAAUUCUCAGAUCAAGCCUGCAGUCAGUUCCAACAAUCUCAGGACACCAGGAACAUUUGUUUUCAAUGGAAAUGCCAGUUCUUCUACCACUCCUGGAACUAACAAGAAAAAUGCUUUUGAUUUGAAGGCUAGUCUUUCUCGACCUCUUACCUAUCAACCACACAAGGGAAAGCUGAAGCCAUUUGGGAUGACUCAGGAAAACACCAGCUUAAACAAAUCUCAGACCACUCUGUCACAGCAGAAGAACUACAAGCAGCACCAGGUUCAAACAAGGGAAGACAGAAGAGUAAAACAUAAGGAGGACAGGAAGCAGAAGAAGGAGAAGAUGCUCCGUGCAAGACGAGGCCUGGUCAUGGCAUAAGAUC